CACCGCCGCCCGCUGCCGCCGCCUCCUCUUCUGAGCCACUGCGGGCGCUGCCGGCUGCAGACACGGGCCAGACCAUGAAGCUGGUUCUCCUGGCCUGGGCCUUGCUGCUGCUGGCGACAGGCCCCAGGCCCACAGCAGGUGCCCAGGACAGCUGCUCCCUGCGCUGUGGGGACCGGAAUGGGCCCUGUUCCUGCCACCCGACCUGCUCCGGCCUUGGCACCUGCUGCUCGGACUUCCAGGAGUUCUGCCUGAAGAUUGUGCCUUCCUCGGGCUCCAUGAUGGGGGGCAAAGACCUUGUGGUGCAGCACUUCCAGUGGUUUAACCCCACGGAUGGCGUGAUCUGCAGGUUUAAGGACAGCAUCGACACCCUGGGCCACGUGGACUCGCAGGGGCAGGUGCACUGCGUGUCGCCCCUGCUCUAUGAGACUGGACAUAUCCCCUUCAAUGUCUCCAUGGACAAUGGCCGCACGUUCCCUCGGUCAGGCACCUGGCUGGCGGUGCACCCCAACAAAGUGUCCGAGACGGAGAAGAGCCAGCUGGUGAAUGAGACGCGCUGGCAAUACUACGGCACCCCCGGCACCACGGGCAACCUCAGCCUGACCUGGGACCACUCGGCGCUGCCCACGCAGGCUGUGAACAUUGAGCUUUGGGGCUACGAGGAGACGGGGAUGCCAUACUCGGAGGAGUGGGCUGCCAAGUGGUCCUACCUGUACUCCCUGGCCACCAACAUCUCCAACUCCGGCUUCUUCACUUUCACCCCCAAACCCGCACCUUCCCAGUACCAGCAAUGGAAAAUAGGCGCACUGAGGAUCACCGCUAGCCAAAACCAUGCUGGGGAGAAGGACGUGCACGCCCUCUGGACCAACGACCAUGCGCUGGCCUGGCACCUGGAUGACGACUUCCGGCUGGCCCCCGAGGCCUGGGCCCGAAAUCAGUGCCUGGCCUGGGAGGAGCUGGAUGACCAGAUGCCCAACUUCCUGGAGGAGCUGCCCGACUGCCCGUGCACCCUGGCCCAGGCCCGGGCCGACACCGGCCGCUUCCAUACGGACUACGGCUGCGACAUCGAGCACGGCAGCGUGUGCACCUACCACCCAGAGGCCGUGCACUGUGUACGCUCCGUGCAAGCCAGCACCCGGUACGCCGCAGGCCAGCAGUGCUGCUACACCAAGGACGGCUCGCAGCUCCUGACGGCUGACUCCACCAGCGGCAGCACCCCCGACCGCGGGCACGACUGGGGCUCGCCCCCGUACCGCAGGCCGCCGCGGGUGCCCGGGAUGUCCCACUGGGUCUAUGAUGUCAUCAGCUUCUACUACUGCUGCCUCUGGGCGCCCGAGUGCCCCCGCUACAUGCAGCGGCGCCCGUCCAGCGACUGCCACACCUACCGGCCCCCACGCCUGGCCUCUGCCUUCGGCGACCCACACUUUGUCACCUUCGAUGGCACCAACUUCACAUUCAACGGGCGCGGGGAGUAUGUGCUGCUGGAGGCGUCUCUGACCGACCUGCGGGUGCAGGCCCGUGCCCAGCCCGGGAUAUCAGCCAAUGGCACGAGGGACCGGGGCACGGGGCUGACCGCGGUGGCUGUCCAAGAGGGCGACUCGGACGUGGUGGAGGUGCGCCUGGCCGACGGCUCCGGGGUCCUGGAGGUGCUGCUUAACCAGGAGGUGCUGAGUUUCGCCGAGCAGAGCUGGAUGGACCUCAAGGGCAUGUUCCUCUCAGUGGCCACCAGCGACAAAGCAUCCAUCAUGCUGGCGUCCGGCGCCGGCUUGGAGGUGGGCGUCCAGGGCCCGUUCCUGAGCGUGGCCGUCCUCCUGCCCGAGAAAUUCCUGACCCACACCCACGGCCUCCUCGGGACCCUCAACGACAACCCCACGGACGACUUCACCCUGCGCAGCGGGGAGGUGCUGCCCCCCAACCCCAGUGCCCAGCAGCUGUUCCAGUUUGGAGCUGACUGGGCCGUGAACAAUGCCUCCUCCCUGCUCACCUACGACUCCUGGUUCCUGGUCUACAACUUCCUGUAUCGCCCCAAGCACGACCCCGACUUCCGGCCCCUCUUCCCCAACGAGACCAGCCUGAGCCCCAGCCAGGCGGAGGAGGUGGCCACAGUGUGUGGGGACGACCCGUUCUGCAGCUUCGACGUGCUAGCCACCGGCAGCCUGAGCGUGGGCAACGCCACCCGGGCCGCCCACCAGCUGCACCAGUUCCGAGUGCAGAGCCUGCAGCCCGUGGUCACCUGUGGCUGGCUGGCCCCUCCUGCCAACGGGAGCAAGGAAGGCAUCAGAUAUACGCUGGGCUCCACCAUCCGCUUCCGCUGCGACAGUGGCUACAGCCUGGCUGGGGCCCAGACCAGCACCUGCCAGGCCGACGGCACCUGGUCCGCACCCACCCCCAAGUGCCACCAGGGAGGGCGGAGCUACACCGUGCUCCUGAGCAUCAUCUUCGGAGGACUGGCCGUGGUGGGAGGCAUCGCCCUUGUCUACACGCUGCUGCGACACAGGAAAGGCAACAUGAGCAUGUGGCCCACGCAGCCGUGAAGAGGAGGAGGAGGAGGAGGAAGAGGCCAGCCUGGCCCGCUGGGACCCAGAAGCCACCUUCGUGUGGCCCAAGACUCAGCGCCGACGCGCACGACUCAGACCCGAGGCACCCACGCCUGGCGUCCGGCGGCCCAGUCUCGCCCCACGCUGUGACUCUCAUUACUCUGAUCUCAAAGCCAGGAAUCCACAGCCGGGGCCCGCGCCCUCAGCUGCUCCUAUCCCGUCCCUCACUUCCUGUGGCCUGUUCCUGCUGCCAUCCCGCCCCCGAUCGGACCUGCCUUUUUCAUGCCUGCAUGAAAGGCCCAGACAGAGCAGAGAGCGAGCCCCCUAGGCAACAUCGGCAUCCCAUGCUGGAUGUUCGAGUCCCGGUGGCUCCGCUCCCAAGCCGGCUCCCUGCUGUUGCACCUGGGAAAGCAGCAGGAGGAUGAGACAGCCUGGGGACUUGGGCUGUCCUGCCGUCUCUGUGGGAGACCAGGAUGGAGUUUCCUUUCCAAUACAUUAAAACUUUAA